ACAAGUUCGCGGCUAGCGGUGGUGCUGUGCAAAGAAACCGUUUUGCCCUUUCCAGAAGGCAAGAGCGAGAGGCGAGCCCGUAGCAUGCACUGCAAAACAGCUGUGCCGUGGUGUGUAUUGUGCCGUUGAUAGCAAUAGAUUUCGUUCCGGUUCGUAUUAUUCGCGAUAUUGCUUACUAUCCAGUGCCCGUGCGUCUAUGGUGCUGUAGUGGUUUUGCUGUCCAGUGGGGUAACUCGAACCCGAGCAAACCCUCCCAAAACAUUCAUUGUUUCGUAGGGCUUCCCCGGGUUGCUUGCCGCUCCCGUAGAUAUACAUAAAACCGGUGCGUAAGUGUGUGAGCGGGCGCGAUCGCGCGUAUGUGUAGGUGUGCUUGUCGUACCGUACGUGUGCUGCUUAUGCGACGAAACCCCCCAUUUCCACCAAUCAACCGCCAACACACAACUCAUUCUACAGACCCCCGCAGAUAUACACAUACACACGAGCAAUUGCAUUUCCAUACGCCGUACAGUUGUGUUGCUGCUGCUACUGCUGCUGCAUCACGAAAAACGGUCCCUACGGACCAGCGGAAAAAGGCGAACGCUAGUGUGAGCUGCAAAACAUUCCAACCUUUCAACAAAAAAAAACCCGAAGCAGCACAGCAGAAGUUGUGGUGUCCACCAGCGACAACCUAACGUACCCACACAAACCGACUAGACGAACCCUGCCAAAAUCGCAAACCCUUCCCACCAGGGGCCACAAUGAUGCUGGAUUCACAGCUGGUGUGGGCACGCGACAUACAGGAUGGCUACAUACAGGGGCGCAUCGUCGAGAUCGGUGCGACCGAGUAUGAGGUGCAGCCCGUCGACGGCAAGCUGCCGAAGCGUUCCUGCAUCCCGGAGGACAUUUUUCCCUCCUGCGAACGACCCUCGGACAACGAUGACAACUGUGAGCUGAUGUUUCUGAACGAGGCAACACUGCUGGACAAUAUACGGAACCGUUACUACAAAGACAAGAUUUAUACCUAUGUAGCAAACAUCCUGAUCGCCGUCAACCCGUACAAGGAAAUACCCGACCUUUACUCGCAGACAACGUUGAAACGGUACAGCGGUAAAUCGAUCGGUGAACUACCGCCGCACGUGUACGCAAUCGCCGAUAAAGCAAUACGCGAUAUGCGCGUACUGAAGAUGUCCCAAUCGAUCAUCGUGUCGGGGGAAUCCGGUGCGGGCAAGACGGAAAGCACCAAGUAUCUGCUCAAGUUCCUGUGCGAUUCGGUUGCGGCAGCCGGUCCGAUCGAGCAAAAGAUACUGGACGCGAAUCCGAUACUGGAAGCGUUCGGCAACGCGAAAACAACGCGUAACAACAACAGCUCACGGUUCGGCAAGUUUAUCGAGGUGCACUAUGACAAACGGUGCCAGGUGGUCGGGGGUCACAUCUCGCACUACCUGCUGGAGAAGAGCCGCAUCUGCACGCAGAGCCCGGACGAGCGUAACUAUCAUGUGUUUUAUCUGCUGUGUGCUGGCGCACCGCCGGCACUGCGCGAAAAGCUAGCGCUAACGAAACCGGACGACUAUCGGUAUCUGUGCGGAUGCACGCAAUACUUUACGCACCCGAGCACGGAAUCACGCAUCCCGGCCGGGUACAAGUCGCGCGUGCAUACAACGAAAGGCCCGCUGAAGGAUCCGAUACUGGACGACUUGGAGGAUUUCCGCCAGCUGGACGAAGCGCUCGGUCGGUUAGGUUUAGGCGAGAUGGAGCGGAUGCAAAUCUACUCGCUGGUGGCGGCGGUGCUCCAUCUCGGCAACAUCCGGUUCGAGGAAAAUCCGGAAGAUUCGAACGGUGGCUGCCGGAUCACGCAGGAUUCGCAAGCGUCACUGAACGUCACGGCACGCUUGAUCGGGGUGGAUCCGUCCGAGCUGCGGCAGGCGCUAAUGUCGCGCGUAAUGAAGAGUAAAGGCGGUGGCAUCAAGGGCACGGUCAUUAUGGUGAUGCUGAAGGUGUACGAAGCGAACAAUGCGCGCGAUGCGCUCGCGAAAGCGCUCUACUCGAAGCUGUUCGAUCACAUCGUUGCGCUCAUCAACCAGAACAUUCCAUUCCAGGCCUCUAGCUACUACAUCGGUGUGCUCGAUAUCGCCGGUUUCGAAUAUUUCACGGUCAACUCGUUCGAGCAGUUUUGCAUCAACUACUGUAAUGAAAAGCUGCAAAAGUUCUUCGACGAUAAUAUACUAGCGGCGGAACAGGUACUGUACGCGCGCGAAGGUUUAAACGUGCCGGAAAUUAAGUACACUGACAAUCAGGACAUUAUCGAGCUGAUCGAGUCGAAGUCGAACGGUAUCUUUACGCUGCUGGAUGAGGAAUCGAAGCUGCCGAGACCGUCGUACGCACACUUUACGAACGAGGUACAUUCCGCCUGGACCGGCCACUACCGACUGUCGUUCCCGAGAGCAUCCCGGCUCAAGGCGCACCGUUCGUUGCGCGACGAUGAAGGGUUUUUGGUUCGCCAUUUUGCCGGUGCCGUGUGCUACAAUACGAACCAAUUCAUCGAGAAGAAUAACGAUGCGCUGCACGCGUCCCUGGAGGGAUUGGUGCAGGAGUCAGAAAAUGCGCUGCUAAAUGCGCUAUUCAGUGGCGGUGGUACUGGCAAGAUGCCGAUAAACGUCGGCAAGCUAUCGUUUAUCUCGGUCGGCUCCAAGUUUCGGUCGCAGUUGAGCGAACUGCUGGAGAAGCUGCGCAACAACGGUACCAACUUUAUACGCUGUAUCAAACCGAACAGCCGCAUGAUCGACCAUGAGUUUGAGGGCAGCUUGGCGCUGGCCCAGCUGAAGUACUCCGGCACCAACUCGGUGCUGGAGCUGAUGGAGUACGGCUAUCCGUCGCGCGUACCGUUCAACGAGCUGUACAACAUGUACAAAAGCUAUCUGCCGCCGGAGCUGGCCCGACUGCCACCGCGCACCUUCUGCGAGGCGAUGCUGAUGUCGUUGAAGCUGAACUCGAACGAGUUCAAGUUCGGCAUCACGAAGGUGUUCUUUCGACCCGGAAAAUUCGUCGAGUUUGAUCGCAUUAUGCGCUCGGAUCCGGAGAACCUGAAGGCGAUCGUCGCGAAGGUGAAGAAGUGGCUAAUCCGUUCGCGCUGGAUCAAAUCGGCAUUCGCAGCGAUAUGCGUCAUCAAACUGAAAAAUCGCAUCAUCUUCCGUAACAAAUCGGUCGUGCAGCUGCAGAAGGUGGUCCGUGGCUAUCUGGUGCGCAAGAAGCAUCAACCACGCUACCGUGGCAUCGCCAAGAUAAGGGCGGUCGAGAGCAAUCUGAACAAGAUGCACGCGAUUGCCGAGCAGCUGAAGAUGGACCGGGAAAAGAUGCAGGCCAACAUCCGGGACGUGCAGGCGAUGCUGACUGUGGCGAUCGCUAAGAUACGAAACAAUCCAUCGAUUGGUGCCGCCGCGAUUGAUCAACAGUACGCGGAGAUUAUGCGCAGCUUGGACACGAACAUGAAGCUGAUCAAUGCACGCCUGCAGGAGCAACGGAAUGCCGAAGAGCAGGAGCGGCUGAACAAAAUCAAGCUCGCAAUGGAGGCCGAGCGCCGUGCCAAGGAGGAGGAAAUGCGUCGCCUCAAAGAGGAGGAAGAAAACAGAAAGAAGAAAACGGAAAUAGAGGCACGCCGCAAGGAGGAGGAAGCGAAACGGCUCCGCCAAGAAGGCGAAGAUCGGAAGGCAGCCCUUGCCCUACAGGCACAGCUGGAAAAGGAAGCGCAGGAGGACAUACAGUAUCGGCAGCAGCUGGAACAGGAGCGUCGCGAUCACGAGCUUGCCCUCCGUCUGGCGCAGGAAUCGAACGGACAGGUCGAGGACAGUCCGCCCGCGUUGAGAAACGGUACGCCAGAGGUCACGCCAUUGGGCAACGCAAACCGAUUGAUAAGAUCGGAAGCAAUCCGGGCACAACAGCAGCUGGUUGAGAAGCAAAAGCACGAUCUGUCGAAGUGGAAGUACUCGGAGCUGCGUGAUGCGAUCAACACCAGCUGUGACAUCGAGCUGCUGGAAGCCUGCCGGCAUGAGUUCCAUCGCCGACUGAAGGUGUACCACGCCUGGAAGGCAAAGAACCGCAAGCGCACGACGAUGGAUGAGAACGAGCGAGCACCGCGCAGUGUAAUGGAGGCCGCGGCACGUUCCGGUCCACCGAGAUUGGCUCCGAAGCAGGAGAUCGUACCGACCGGUAGCGUCCAUCGUUACUUCCGCAUACCGUUCGUGCGGCCGACCAACGGCGGCCCGGAGGUGGCAACGGCUGCCAAUGCGGACGACAGCAAACGGAGCUGGUGGUUUGCGCACUUCGACGGCCAGUACGUUGCACGCCAGAUGGAGCUACACACGGACAAGCCGCCGAUACUGCUGGUGGCCGGCAAGGACGACAUGCAGAUGUGCGAGCUGAGCCUGGAGGAAACCGCCCUGACCCGGAAGCGCGGUGCAGAAAUUCUGGAGCACGAGUUUAACCGCGAAUGGGAGCAACACGGCGGCAAACCGUACAACCGACUGACCCCGAGAAAGUAGUUCGGUUGACUGGUUGUCGCCCACGGUCGACGGCGGGAGCGUCGUUUUUAGCUAAAUUUGAUGUUCAACAAUGGACGGUACACACUUUCCCUCUUGUUGCGCCCGGGUAAGCCGGACGUUGGAUAAUUUGAAGCUACUUUGACUAGCACUUGAUGUAUCCUUAAUCAGUAUCCUUUAUUCCUUGAGUUCCAUUCCACCAGUAUUAACAAACGUUUUACUACGCGAAUGGAGUAUUACUAAUAUUAUAAUGAUUAUUAUUAUUAUUAUUACCAGUAGUGGUGCUUCCGGGCAAUGCGUGUAUCAGAACCUUCUUCCAGACUCUCUCUCUGGCGAAGAGGUUAUUCACACUCUUGAAAACGCUAGCCUAAUAAUCAGUACAGGCAGUCCCCGAGAUACACUAUUAUAGCGGACCGGAUCCCCGAGAGGAUCCGAUGGAAGUAGGCUUCAACCUUUGCGCGUACUAUAUUCAGCAAUUCCGACGACUUUUUGUAAACAAAAAUUAACAAAACAUUAAUGCAUCAAAUAAGAAGGACAUACUAACAAUUUUUGAACUGUAAUGUUUAAAUUUUGUGCUAUAAACUAGCCCAGCUGUCCAUUUUCAAUGAACCGCGUAUAAGAGAAGGUACCGUGUACAUCGGGGACUAUCUGUAUACCAUUUUCAAUUGACUAAUUAAACCACAUCUGCGUACAACUUGUAUCGCGCGGUUUUGCGCAGCAAACCUUACCCAUGGGUGCUCUAGCGCCGGAUAAAAAAUAUGUUGUCACGUCCAACAUAUCCAUAUUCCUUCUACCGAUUGCAUUUGUUUUUUGUCUCAUUCCAACUUCCUUACAAUGCCAACCAUUUAAACGGUGCUACUAAAGACCCAUUCCCCCGAAAACGUUUUGUGCACCACAUACCUAUAUGGGGAAAGUGCCAUAUAGGGGAAUAAAAAAGGAAUUGUGGUACAGUUUGUCAAAUUUGCAAAAGAACUCCACUUGUUCUUUUCAAAUUUCCAACACUUUGCUACAUUUUCCGCAUCCUUUAUACACCUUCCCUGUACGGUGCGUGUAUGCGGUGUCUUGGUUAGGUGCCUUUUUAUCAGUAAACGAAACGAUAAUUAAUAUAUAUAUAUAAAUAUAUGUAUGUAAUAGAUAUGUUACAAUUGAUGAUCGUGUGCAGAAAAUAGGAAACGGAAGCGAAACUUUCCUUAAGCACGCGCAAACUCGAUAGCGCGCGCGGUUAAAGGAAUGCGUUGGUACAAGAAACGUUAGAUGUGCGUAACAUGUGUGUUUUGUGCGUUUGUGAGGAUAAUCAAAACAAAAAACAGAGGAGCAAAAAAAAAAUCUUUAAAACAAGAAAAUUUAAACUAAACAACAACAAAAAAAAAUGCAAGAAGAAACAAAUAACGUCUAACGUUUCCCUCGAGACUGGUUUUUACUGCUACUGCUGCUGCUGAUCAACCUUUAUUAUAUUAUUAAAUAAUCUAUAUCGAUUUACCUGGCGGAAGAUGAUGCAAACCAGAAUUUAAUAGGAGAAUUUAUUUUGAAUGCUAUAUUUAAACAAAAAAAAAGCUAAAAACAA